AUGGUGCCGCACGUUCCUAAACGUUAUCCCGCACGGUUAGCACAGGAGAAGGUACCUGGAGCACAGGAGAAGGUACCUGGAGCACAGGAGAAGGUACCUGGAGCACAGGAGAAGGUACCUGGAGCACAGGAGAAGGUACCUGGAGCACAGGAGAAGGUACCUGGAGCACAGGAGAAGGUAGCUGGAGCACAGGAGAAGGUACCUGGAGCACAGGAGAAGGUAGCUGGAGCACACGAGAAGGUACCUGGAGCACCGGAGAAGGUACCUGGAGCACAGGAGAAGAUACCUGGAGCACAGGAGAAGGUACCUGGAGCACAGGAGAAGGUACCUGGAGCACAGGUGAAGGUACCUGGAGCACAGGAGAAGGUACCUGGAGCACAGGAGAAGGUACCUGGAGCACAGGAGAAGGUACCUGGAGCACAGGAGAAGGUACCUGGAGCACAGGAGAAGGUACCUGGAGCACAGGAGAAAGUACCUGGAGCACAGGAGAAGGUACCUGGAGCACAGGAGAAGGUACCUGGAGCACAAGAGAAGGUACCUGGAGCACAAGAGAAGGUACCUGGAGCACAGGAGAAGGUACCUGGAGCACAGGAGAAGGUAGCUGGAGCAAAGGAGAAGGUAGCUGGAGCACAGGAGAAGGUAGUUGGAGCACAGGAGAAGGUAGCUGGAGCACAGGAGAAGGUACCUGGAGCACAGGAGAAGGUACCUGGAGCACAGGAGAAGGUACCUGGAGCACAGGAGAAGGUACCUGGAGCAGAGGAGAAGGUACCUGGAGCACAGGAGAAGGUACCUGGAGCACAGGAGAAGGUACCUGGAGCACAAGAGAAGGUACCUGGAGCACAGGAGAAGGUACCUGGAGCACAGGAGAAGGUACCUGGAGCACAGGAGAAGGUACCUGGAGCACAGGAGAAGGUACCUGGAGCAAAGGAGAAGGUACCUGGAGCACAGCAGAAGGUACCUGGAGCACAGCAGAAGGUACCUGGAGCACAGGAGAAGGUACCUGGAGCACAGGAGAAGGUAGCUGGAGCAGAGGAGAAGGUAGCUGGAGCACAGGAGAAGGUAGCUGUAGCACAGGAGAAGGUACCUGGAGCACAGGAGAAGGUACCUGGAGCACAGGAGAAGGUACCUGGAGCACAGGAGAAGGUACCUGGAGCACAGGAGAAGGUACCUGGAGCACAGGAGAAGGUACCUGGAGCACAGAAGAAGGUACCUGGAGCACAGGAGAAGGUACCUGGAGCACAGGAGAAGGUACCUGGAGCACAGGAGAAGGUACCUAGAGCACAGGAGAAGGUACCUGGAGCACAGGAGAAGGUACCUGGAGCACAGGAGAAGGUACCUGGAGCACAGGAGAAGGUACCUGGAGAACAGGAGAAGGUACCUGGAGCACAGGAGAAGGUACCUGGAGCACAGGAGAAGGUACCUGGAGCACAGGAGAAGGUACCUGGAGCACAGGAGAAGGUACCUGGAGCACAGGAGUAA